UUUUUGUCCAAAUGGAAAAUACUCAAAUACCAGGUACAUCAAAUACAGAGCUUACCAACGAAGAGACAAAAGGCCCAGAGGUUAUUAACUUCCAAGUUAAAAAUAAGCAAAAAGUGAAAUGGGAUGAAAAUGUAAUUGAUAAUGAAAACAUGGGAAAGAAGAAGUCUAAAAUAUGCUGUAUAUACCGUCCAAGAAGAGAAAAUAGGAGCUGAUCAAGUAGUAGUGAUAGCAGUUGUAGCUCAAGUGACGAUGCGAAUAAGUAUGAUAGAUACCCGAAACACCAAAAAAAACUGAUGAGAGAGAAAAAGGAGAAGAAAAUGAAAGAGUAGUUAAUUCAAUUGUGUAGGAGUUCACAGG